AUGGCCUGCUGGGCGAUCCUGGCGCGGGUGGCCGCCGGGCAGGACGCCACCCAGGCGAGCGCGGCCAGCGGCCGGGAGCUGAGAGCAGCGCUCGAGGAUCCAAACGUGUUGACGAUCCAAUUGACGGGCGACGUGGCCUUGAGCGCGCACAGCGGCUGGACGAGGGACGCCCCGCUAGUGCUGGACCGAUCGGUGGCGCUGGAGGCGGCCGGGGAGGGCGGCAUGAAGAUUUUCGUGCAGGAUUUGUGGAUACCCGGGAUGGGGCUGGACUUUCUGAGGGCGGACGUCCCGGUUGAGAUCGGGCUGAAGAACAUUCACAUCGUUGGGGUGCCCCUUGCUGGAACGGCCCCUGCUGGUCUCUGGAAUGUCACUUUCAUUCUUGAGGACUGCUUACUGGAGCUAUGGAGCGACAGCUCUGUCCCAAACCAACUGGCAUUGCUCGAAGAGAGGCAAAGACCGGACGGCUUCCCUGCAGCGGAUGGCGCGCAAGUCACAGAACCCCUGACAUCUGGGCUCUGCCAGCGGACGUUCGACAUGUUUGACUGCCCGGAUACAUUCGAUUUCAUGCUCCUGGUCGAUGUGGCAUUUGACUGGACCGAAACUGGGACAGAGCCUCCCACAGGGCAGGAGGACCUUGCACCUGGCGUGUUCAGCGCUGUGAAUACACCUGCUGCUGUGUCAGUUGUUGAAAUCGUGACCGGCAGUGACACUGCGAGUCUAGUUGAGGCCUUGCGGACUGCGGGGCCAGCUCGCCUCAGAGUUGUUGUUAUAAAUGAUGCGCUGCAAAUAUCAGAGGAUGACAUCGACUGUUCUGGCAACGUCAUUGUCCCCCAAGCCGAUAUUGUGUUCUUUGGGGCUGCGGCAACUGUGCCACCAGUGGACCUUUUGGACUUCAAUUUUGCCUCAAGCUGCAUUGUGCUUCAGGAAGGGGUGACUGCCACCCUUGUCAACCUGCUUCUCAACAAUACACGAUCAAGGGAGGAACCUCGCUUGCAACCCCUUGUGCCGUUCUUCGAUGCGCAGCGCGAUUCGCGAGUUGAGCUGCAGAAUGUGGUUUGGAAUGUGCUGUCCGACGGUGGCUCCCCGCUCACAGCCCUGGACAUUCUGGAAGAUCUUCAGGGUCACCCAGUUCCUGAGGGCGAGUCAGAUGAGCGCCUCAUGGAGAUCAAGAACGAGGGCUACUGCAGCAAGGAGUUCAUAGGGAACAGCAGCAGUUGUGCUGAGUCAACACAAUGCUCCAAUCUGAGUGCUUGCCCUGAUGGGGCUGUGGCAGUGGACAGUGUAGCUUAUCGCUUUGAGGGGACGGACUACAAAAUCGUGAGCAGUUUGCUGAUCACAAGAACGGUUGGCAACGACACUGUCCAAGCGGACACCCCUGCCCCAACCCCUGCCAUUGCUCCCGCCCCCAGCCCAGCCAGUGAAACUGGAAAUGCCACCACUCCCGCUGCAGCUCCAGCUCCUGCCAGUGCAACUGGAGAUGUCCAGGCUUCCAGCGCUUCACCCGCUACUACCAAUGGGACCAGUCCCAAUGUGACUACCCCUGUCGAUGGGCCUGGAGCUGCACCAGGUCCAGCACCUGGGGCUCCUGCACCUACUAAUGUGACUACCCCUGUCGAUGGGACAGGAGCUGCACCAGGUCCAGAACCUGGGGCUCCUGCACCUACUAAUGUGACUACCCCUGUCGAUGGGACUGGAGCUGCACCAGGUCCAGAACCUGGGGCUCCUGCACCUACUAAUGUGACUACCCCUGUCGAUGGGACUGGAGCCGCACUUGGUCCAGGUGCUGCCCCCUCGCCUACUAAUGUGACUACUCCUGCCGAUGAGCCUGGAGCCGCACCAAGUUCGGAACCUGCUGCCAGACCUGCUAAUGGGACUAUCCCUGUCAAUGGGAGUGGAGCCACAGGAGGUCCAGAGGCUGCCCCCUCGCUGACCAAUGGGACUACACCCAUCGAUGAGCCAGUAGCUGCACCAAGUCCAGAAUCUGCACGCUCACCUACUACUGGGACUGCCCCUGGUGAUAGGACUGGGGCCGCAGCAAGUCCAGGACCUGCCCCCAUGUCUGCUAACGGAACUACGCAAGAUCCAAAUGCUGCAGCUGCCCCUGCCAACGAGAUUGAGGGGAUUACAGAGCCGCCUGUUGUGUCUGCCUCUACCAAUGGGACUGGCCCUGUCAAUGGGACUGGAGGCAUGCAAGAUACAGAUGGUAUGUCUGGUACUGCCAAUGAGACUGCCCCUGCCAUUCCUGCCAAUUUGAGUGCCCCUGCCGCUCCUGCCGAUGGGACUGAAGAGAUCGAAGAUCAGGAUUCUGCUUCCGCCCCUGCCAAUGGGACUGGCCCUGCCAAUGAAAUCGGAACUGUCCCAGAUCCUGAUGCUGCUCUCGCGCCGACCAACGAGACUGUGAGCUCCCCAUCCAACGACACUGAUGUCGAACCUAGUCCCGGUACUGGCCCCAUGCCUGCCAACGGCACUGAUGGAAAUGCCACCGCGGUGGCACCUGGCCCGGCGGUGGCCGCUGGUCCCGAUGUUGGCAGCUCUCAAAUAAAUGGCGCAUCCUCUUCUCAGCCAGGAUCGGAUGGGAUUGCAGCCAGCGACAACGGCAGCGAGGCCUUGAACGCCACCCAGGGGAACUCCAAUCGGACAGUCACCAACAGACCCACCGCAAGUGUCGAUCCCGGCGUGGUGGGGGGGACUGGAAACGGGGAGAUGGGUGACUCUGGCGGGGGCUCGGGCGGGGCCCCGAGCGGGGCCCUGAUCGGCGGAGUGGCGGCUGUCGUGGCUGUGCUCGCCUGCGUGGUGCUGAUUGUGUACAGCGUGAGGCGGCACAGGCGCGGCAGAGGGGGGGAGAAACUGAUUGAUCCGCAGGGGUACAGAGUGCCGGAGGCGCAGCACACAGUGAUGGUCCGGAGGAACACCCCUCCGCAGCCCACCUUCACCAAGUUUGUUGCUGUGGAUGAUGACCAAAACAAGUUGGUGAUCAAUAUGGACACUGGAGAGGAGGGAGCCUUUGAGGAUGAAGGGAUGAGCAGCAGCUCAGAUGAAAGUCCAGAAGAUGCGCUUUCGCAUCAGGAAGCUGCAAGUAAGCUGUUUGACAACAUCGUGAUGGGCGAACUGCUGGGGCAAGGAGCCUAUGGCAGGGUGUACAAAGGCACAUGGAAUGGCGCGGUAGUUGCUGUGAAGGUGUUCACGCACACAGUUGAGGAUGACAGGCUGGAAGCCUCCAUAGAGCGCGAGAUCCACUUUAUGACUGAGCUCAGGCACCCCAAUGUCGUGCAGCAAUACAAGGCAGGAACCCGGCACGUGACUCCCAAGUCACCUGCAAAGCAGUCAUCAAGUGAGGUCGACACACAGACUGGCUCCUCCUCUGGUGGUGUUCACUCAGCAACGUAUGAGACAGCCAUGCAGGCGAUCAAGCAUUCUCGCAAGGCCACUAAGGAGACCUGGAUGGUGAUGGAGUACUGUGACUUGGGUAUCCUGAGCAAUGCUAUCAAGGCAGGAUGGUUUUACAGAGAUGACGGCAGGAGAGAGCUGAACAUGGAAUGUGUUGUUAGAACUGCUCAGGACAUCGCAAGGGGCUGCGAAUACCUCCAUGAAAACAGGACAGUUCAUGGCGACCUGAAGCCGCAUAACAUAUUGUUGGCGACGUCCGCCUUUGACAACCGGAGAUGGUGUGCAAAGCUUGCUGAUUUUGGUGUGAGCAGAAGAAUGGGCGCUGUGAGCCACAUAUACACAAGCACUGUGGGCACCAUGGCCUACCUAUCACCAGAAAUUUUGAGGGAUGGGAAGUUGUCUGAAGGGGCCGAUGUAUAUGCUUAUGGCAUGAUAAUGUGGCAGCUCGUGUGCGGAGAGUCCGUGUUCAAGCAAAAGUCUGCGGCCGAUGUGUGGCGGCUGAUUGCAGUCGAGAAGUGGCGGCCGACCUUCCCUCGAUCCAUCAACGCCAGGUACCAGCACUUGGCGAGGCGCUGCUGGGCGGAGGAGGUGCAGGACAGGCCGUCGUUCCAGCAGGUUCAACGAGAAUUGGGGACGAUUCUGCAGUCCCUGUGA